GGAAGUUGUAGUUCGGACUACUGCCCGAACUCUGCCGUCGGGCGGCUGCUCGGAGGUCCAAGGCAGUCCACCGCCUUCGGCGCUUGGCUCGGAGAAUGGAUCCGGAGCCGGGGACCGACGCGGCGCCGCUGACUGGCCUGGCCUGGUCGUCGGCCUCGGCACCCCCGCCGCGGGGAUUCAAUGCGAUCUCCUGCACCGUGGAAGGGGCGCCCGCCAGCUUCGGCAAGAGCUUCGCCCAGAAAUCUGGUUACUUUCUGUGCCAGAGUCCUUUGGGGAGCCUAGAGAAUCCUCAGGAGAAUGUGGUGGCCGAUAUCCAGGUCCUGGUGGACAAGAGCCCCCUCCCAGCGGGCUUCUCCCCGGUCUGCGACCCCCUGGACUCCAAGGCCUCUGUGUCCAAGAAGAAACGCCUGUGUGUGAAGCUGGUGCCUCUGGGGGCUGCAGACACACUUGUGUUUGACGUGCGACUGAGUGGGAAGACCAAGAUGGUGCCUGGAUACCUGCGAGUAGGGGACAUGGGUGGCUUUGCCAUCUGGUGCAGGAAGGCCAAGGCCCCAAGGCCAGUCCCCAAACCACGAGCUCUCAGCCGGGACAUGCGGGGCCUCUCCCUGGACCCACCUGCUGCAUCCAGCAAGGGCAGCUUGCCGGAGCGGUCGCUCUCGAGGCUGGGCUCUCGGGCAUCUACUCUGCGGAGGAGCGACUCCAUCUAUGAAGCCUCCAAUCUCUACGGCAUCUCAGCCAUGGAUGGGGUUCCCUUCACGCUGCAUCCCCGAUUUGAGGGCAAGAGCUGUGGCCCCCUGGCCUUCUCUGCCUUUGCGGAUCUGACCAUCAAGUCGCUGGCAGACAUUGAGGAGGAGUACAACUACGGCUUCGUGGUGGAGAAGACAGCGGCUGCACGCUUGCCCCCCAGCGUUUCAUAGCCCCUCACCUGUCCCAGGGAAGAGCCCCCUGCCUGGCACCCCUGGCCUGGCAGCUGCCCUGCCCCACCCGGUCUUGGGGCCUCAGGCCUGUAGGGCAUGCCGGACCUUCGGCCUCCCUGCUGAGCUGCAACCCUAGCGGAGGGGUGGAAGCAGGCUGCCUGGUGAUGGGGUGUCCCACCCCUGGACUCUGCAGGGCAGGGGUGGUAGCUGGAUGGAAACCAGUGCCUUCAAGUCAUUCGUGUCAGAACUGUUUGGUGCUCGGAGGCCAUGUGGGUGUUCUCCUGGCAAUAAAUAGAAACUUGUCCCGCA